AUGGCGGCAUGGUACACCCCGCGCGGGCAGUCGGACGACACGCUGGUGUUUGAGAGCCGCUACGAGAGCGGCAACCUUCGUCGCGCGAUACAGGUUUAUCCGUACGAGUACGACCUUAUCCUGCGGCCAGAUAUCAACACGCGAGGCCACACGCAGUGGUUCUUCUUCUCGAUCGCCAACACCCGUGCCGGGUGCCGCUACAAGUUCAACAUCAUCAACCUGCUCAAGGAAGACUCGCUGUACAACGACGGAAUGCAGCCUCUUGUCCACAGCGCCAAGGCUCAGGCGGGUCGCGGUUUGGGAUGGCACCGUGCCGGCACCCGUAUCUGCUACUACGCCAACACCAUUCGGCGAGGUCGCUCCGGGAAAACCUACUUCACACUCACAUUCACCCUGACCACACAGUACGACAACGACCUGGUACACGUGGCGCACUGCUAUCCGUACACCUACACCGACCUGCAGCGUUACAUCCGGUCCUUGGAGGUUGACCCCCUCCGCCGUCACCAGCUGCGAAGGGAGUCACUGGCCACCUCUCUGGCGGGAAAUGUGGUAGACGUGCUGACCAUCACCUCACCAACGGAUGACCCGGAGGCCCUCAAGCGGAGGAGGGGGGUGGUGGUGUCGGCCCGUGUGCACCCGGGGGAGAGCAACGCCAGCUGGAUGAUGAAGGGCGUGCUGGACUUCCUGCUGGGUCCCUCCCUGGACGCCAGGAUACUGAGGGACUCGUUCGUGGGGGGCUGGGGUGGGCGGAAACUCCCCAAUGCGGAUGUGUGCAUGUGUUUUACACCUCCUUGCAACAAUCUGGCCGGUGUGGAUCUGAACCGCGUGUGGAAUGACCCGAGUCGCAAACUGCACCCAGUCGUACACGCCACCAAGCAGUACCUCAAACAGCUACUGGACGAGCGGGAGGUGGUCAUGUUCUGUGACCUGCACGGCCACAGUCGCAAGCGGGGGGUGUUCAUGUACGGCUGUGAGAAGAAGAUGCCCCGAGACCAAAACCCGGCAUUCCCCGGAUGGCCUCAGCCGGGCUCACUGGGGGGCCAGACGUUCCAGGAGAAGCUUCUUCCGCUGCUGAUCCAGUACAACGCCCCCGACCUGUUUUCCUACCAGGACUGCAGCUUCAAGGUCCAGAAGUCCAAAAGUGGGACCAGCAGAGUGGUGGGGUUCCGGGAGCUGGGGCUAGUCAACAGCUUCACGGUGGAGGCCUCCUUCGCCGGACCGAUCUCAGGUCGCUGGGCUCGACAGCAUUUCACCACCAGCCACUUGGAACAGCAGGGCGCCGCUCUGAUGACCGCCCUGUUAGACUACUGGGACCCGGACGCCUACGGCCUGGGGGAGCUGCUGGGACAACUGGACUUCAUGCACCCGGCCAACGGGGAGCCGCCACCCCGGUUCAUCACGGUGAGGUGA